AUGUUGACCUCACAGUCUUUCGUUGCUUACGAUCACAAUAACCAAUACAACCAAUUUCUUAAGGAAGGUCUUCAAUGCCAAGAAUUUAUUUCCUCCCAACCUGUAAAUGCUCUUCAACAACAAUUGAUCUUUUCUCCCUCUGAACAAGUUGUUCAUCCUCAACCAAUUAUUGAUUCCAUCGUAUUACAACACAUUCUUCCAUCGGAGCAUGAUGAUGAUCAUCAGUUAAUUUCAUCUUAUCAAUGGACCAUUACAUUCCGAUUGAAAUUACACAGUGAUGCCUCAGGAGAUUGGAGAUGUCUCUUUCAUUAUGGAAAUACUGAUUUGAUCCGACAACCAGCUCUCUGGUUAUCUCCUUACGAAAAUACUCUCCAUUGCCGAGUGGAUACGACUCUUAAUAAUAAUGAAGGAUUUGAUAGCAAUCAAAGGUUGAAUAACUAUCAGUCGUGGUAUCAUGUUGCACUUGUGUACUAUGACACGUACCAAAUUUUGUAUGUGGAUGGAAAGUGUGAUCAAAUUGGAAAGUUUGGAGGCGUUUUGAAAAGAACAUCCAAUCAAACAUUUCGAAUUUUUGCAUCACCUGGAGGUUAUUCACAGGGAGAUGUCGAAGUGAAAUAUUUUAGAAUGUAUAAUCGUGCCUUGUCACCAAACGAUAUUCAAAUAGACAUGAAGAGUGAUAAACCACUCACAACAAGUAGUGUUCCUAUGAUGAGCAGUUACAAUACUCAAUCAUGUGACAGAUUGCUUAAACAGGAUUUGAAAAAGAUGCUUAACAUGCAUGAAUUUUCCAACGUCUUGUUGAAAUUUUCUGAAACGGAUCAAGUGAUUCGAGCUAAUGAUAUUAUGUUAUCUGCACGUUCUGAAUAUUUUCGAAAAGUUCUGAGUAAGGAAUGGAAUGACAGUAACGGUGUGGAGUUUACACCAACAAGACCCAAAGUGAUCGAAAUGCAGGGACUCUCAUACCAAGCAGUUAAAGCGGUCGUUCAUUAUAUUUAUACGGGAGAAUUGGAUAAUGAACUCAAGGACAAUACUGGUAAAGAAAGCACCAUUCCAGUCUUGUUGGAAAUUUUAAAAACUGGAAAUUUAUUGUUGUUGACGGAUAUGGAACAUUUAGUGACUGAUGUACUAACUUCAAAAAUUGACACCAAGAAUGUGUGUACCAUCUUGAAUGAGAUUUAUGUCUAUCAAGUGACAAGUCUCAAUACUUUCUGUUUGGAAUAUAUUGUGAGGCAUUUCAAAAUAAUUCCCAUUGAUGACUUUCUAAAACUGGAUCAAGAAACUCAAAAGCAAAUUCUGGUGGGUAUACAAAUGAGCAAAUGA